AUGGAGCGCAUGGCCCUGGAGUCGGUGGCAGAGACAGUGCUGCUAUGUGGGCGACAGAACAUGGCACUGCGAGGCCACCGCGACUCGGGCCGCGUCAGCCUGGACGUCCAGGCCGAGCCACAGGAAGCGGACGAGACGACGGACGUGUCCACGAAGCAGCAGCUCGCCAUUUGUGUCCGCUACGUGGACAUGACAGCGGACGACAGCGAUGCCACUCCAGUUGUGCGAGAAGAUGUGGUCGCUCUGAUGAACCCGUCAGAGACGACCGGACGGUACCUCGCGGCGGCCAUCAUGAAAAAGCUAGAAGAGCUCUCGCUGGAGUUGCGGCUGCUGAGGGGCCAGGGGUAUGAUGGCGGCUCAAACAUGAGUGGAGCAAUCAAAGGUGUGCAAAAAGAGAUCCGCGCGGUCCAACCCCUCGCAGUGUAUACGCACUGUGUGGCCCACCGCCUCAACCUGGCAUUGAUGAAGGCGAUCAAGAUGCGCCAGAUCACAAACAUGCAUGGGACGCUGCAAACUGUCUGCGCGUUCUUCAGCAGGUCAGCAAACCGCGCCUCUUUGCUGGCAAGGUGCGUGGCCAGUGAGUGCCCUGAGGCGACGGCGCGACGCCUGAAGCCUCUAUGCAUGACGCGGUGGGUAGAACGGCACGACACUGUCAUGGUGUUCCUGGACCUGCUGCCUGCCGUCAUCGCCGCACUGCAGGAGGUCGCAGGCACCGCAGCCGACACACAGACGGUUGCGACUGCAAACGGGAUGCUUGCUGCUGUGACUACGUCCUCGUUCGUGUUUUGUCUGGUGGCCUGCGUGGCAACAUUCGCCAUCACACUGGAGUUGUCGCGACACCUGCAGACACCAAACAUGGACGCGUCUCGGGCGCUCAACAUGGUCCGUGACGCGAAGGAGGGUAUCCAAGCCCUUCGGCUGGACGAGCGUUUCCCGGAAACACCAGAUCAUUCAUCGCUCGACCUCGUCACAACGCUGGAGCGUCUGAUUCCGGCGCGGCUCCAUCAAAUGGAUGAGGAAGAGGUGCUGCGCGUAGCGGCCACCUACGAGUGCGACCUGCCGUCACCAAGCUGUCUCCGCAGCGAACUGCUCAGUUGGAAGACGCGCUGGGGCAAGAAGCUGAUGCAGGAUCGCCCGGCAGACGCUCUGGUGGCGCUUGGCAGCUGCAGCCUGCCAAAUAUCAGAGCUCUGCUGCAGCUGCUGUGCACGCUGCCAGUAACGGCCUGCGAGGCGGAACGAACGUUUUCUGCCCUGGCAAAAGUCAAGGACAGCUCGCGCUCCGCCAUGGAGGAAGAACGGCUAGAGGGACUGGUACUCGUGUACGUUCACCCAACUCGUGUAUAA